AUGCACCUCGUCCCUUUCAUCGGCGUACUCGCCAGCGGCGUCACAGCAGACGAAGGCUCUGCAGGACGCUACGCCAGGCGGCCCAGACAAGACCUGCAAGAUGGCCAAACCGCCCCUCGAAGUUUCGAUAGUUACAGAAGGGCGCUAGUCGCACGGGAACUAUACCAACGAGCGGUGGUAAAGAACCUGCUUCAAGACUUCAGCACUCGUGACCUACUUGAAGAACUGUACGAGAGGUCAGCUUGA